GUCUCUUCUUCCGCCUAAUUAGCCGGAGCUUCACAGACGCAAACUCACAAACGCGAUCAAAAGGAAAGAAAUUGUUUCUCCGUGUAAAUCUUCUUCUGGAUACACAUUCAAGGACGCAAUCCAAGACGAUCCGAAGAAUCUACCCUCACCUUCUCUUAUUCGUCGAAGGAAAGAGUUCAAUUUCCCCGAUCUUCUCCAUCUAAAAGGAAACCUUUGGAUUCGGGAGAUCUGAGCUCUCUAUUCCGUCUUCUCUUCUUCGCUGAAGGAAACCCAAUAUGCGCCUCAAUCUUCUCUCUUAAUUCAGAUCCAAAAUACCAAAAUUGAAAUUCCAAAUUGAGAAUGGAGAUUUAUCGUCAAAAGAGAUCGAGCAUUUUUGAGGAUUUGACGUCAUCUUCUCUGUCGUCGUCCCCUCGAGCGCAAAAAGAAUCAGCUGUUCAUCUUUCUGUCCGCCCAGAUCCAUCAUCAGUUGUUCAUCUUUCUGUCCGCCCUGAUCCAUCACCAGUUUCUUCUCCGUCUCAUCGCCACUGGACAAAGAGGUUCUUUUUUAUAUAAAAAAUUAUUCAAAGUUUAUAUUUUUAGAUAUUUUGAAUGGAGGAUUCGGACUUCAAAAUUACUUAUUUGAAUUAUGAUGAAAAAGCCAUUUUGUAAAUUUGUUUCAUUUAUUCUUCACCUUAUUCAUUUACUCUCUACUAAUUUAAAAUUUAAUUGUGCUUUUCUCUUUGUAUAUAUAGGGAGAUUAGUGGGCAGUGGACUUUGUUGGUGGAUAGACUAGGUAGCAUUAAUCAUAGGUGUAAGUAUGGUGUGACCCCUGUGUUCAGUUAGCAAAAAGAUUGGGAACUGUAGUAAGCAUUGGUUAACACCACCUUUGAUCAAAUUCAUAUAAAAAUAUUGGUUUUAAUAAACUACUCCCACAUUCAGAUAGGGGAUUGUAUUGGGUUGUUGUAAUGCUCCCAUAUUGGUUUUAAUUUGUCCUUUUCAUAACAAAUCAUUUAUUCCUUGUUUGACUUCUUUAAGGUGAAAAAAAUCUCUAUCUGAUCAUAUUACCAAAGAUGAAGGUAAAGUGAAAAUGUUAACACCCUCUCACCUUGCAAUUUGAAGCACAUUGUAAGCAUUUGAAUCGUUAAAUUUCUUCAUACUAUCCAGCAAUGUUGUGUUCUCACACUGUGCCUUUUUUUAUUACAUUUUGAUUUUGAUUAUUUAACUAUUGGUAAUUAAACAAUUAAGACUACAUGUUAGCAUUCCCCGUAUGUGCCACUCUUAGUGUUUUGAUGAAAAACCAAACACUUUUUAAAGAAAAAGCUUUAUGAACCUAAUGGCAGCCUCUUCAAUCUCAUUCACGAAUCUGUGUCUAAAAAAUAAAUAAAGUAUCACGAGUUAAUAAGGUUUUAGUCCCAAUGUCCCUUCAACUUCCUUUGAAAUAAUUUUUUAAUUUCAAGUUCUCAAACAACCAAUGAAUUAAAAGUCACUUUUCCAUAUUUAAUUUUACUGCUUUGUGAUAUUUGAAUAUGUUCUGUAUACAUAAAUUGAUAAUCUUCAAGUUGAAGUUUAGAUUUUAGGUGCAAAUAUAUCUAAUUUUUAUUGUAUACAUGUGAUCUUUAAAGAUACUGGAUCCUAAAUUUUGAUGAUAUUACAACACAUAAGAUGGAGAACACACAGUAUACAAUGCCAUCAAGGGUGUUGAUGAUGGAGCGGAUUGGUUUGUACCAACGUGUAGUUGUGGGUCAAAAGUGGCCCCACAUAAUGUCUCUUACUCUUGCAACGACUGUAAAAAACACGUAGUAAAUGUGAUUCCAAGGUAAAUCAAACUAAAAACAUAAAUCUUCCUUUCUUCCAUUAGAAAAUCUCAUUUUAAAUAAGUUAGAUUCAGAUACUUUGGGAAACUGAUCGUGGUUUGAAUAUACCCAGAUAUGAAAUUAAGGCUAGAGUAAAUGAUGCAUCCGAUAGUGUAAGUUUUCUAAUAUUUGAGAACGUUAGAUGUUUGUUGUUUGCAUAUAAAUCCACACCCUAGAUGAUGAAGUUCUGUGAGGUAUGUACAACUGUCUUUUAUACUAUCUAACCGACUCAUUAAAUGUUUGGUGUUUGAUAUAUCUUUCUUAAUUCUAUCAAACUUUUCCUUUGAAGUUUGAAGUUUAUGAACACCAUUUAAGAAAUUGAAAUCUCCCUUAUUGAUGUUCAUAAAUACUGUCAGAGGAUGUAUAGUGAGGAAGCGUGCAGCGCGAUGUCUUCAAUCAAAUUUUGGUGGAUAAAUCGUUUAUUUUCAAGGUUGAGGUCAGGUUGAAAACACAAUUGGAUUUUCAACUGGUGGAAAGGCAGUGACACAAGGUAUUUCAACUGAGGAGGCGUCAUACUACAUAAAGGUUUUAAAGAACAAAUUAUAUUGAUUCGCUCAGGUUGUGGUUAGGUGUAAUAAUUAUGAUUACUUCUGACUUAAACAUGCAUUAUGAUUCUUGGUCUCUUUGGUAAGUCUAAAACCUCAGUUACAUCAUCAAGGGAGACUCGAGACCAUAUUUAGAACACGCUCAGAUGAAGGAGACGAAGAGGAGUUCCGAGCUUCCCGCUGCGUCGCAGAGGAGUUCCGAACUUCCGAGCUUCCGCGAUGACGAUCUCCUGUUCUCGAUCGAUGAGGCUUCAGCUGCCGUGCCAUCCAACCGGAAGAAAGAAAUUUCUCAGACUAGGAAGAUCUCGCCUUUCCUGCUACAUCGCAUGAAAUCUGUGUUUUCUCAUAUUUACUCAAGGAUUUAAGAAGUGCAAAAGUAGAAACUUCCAUCUUCGCGAAGGAAAGUCUACAAAUUAGGUUUGUUUUGAUUUUUUUUGUAUUUCUGUACAGUAGAGAUAAAUCCGGUCUUGAGAUUACGUUUAGCUCUAGGUUCGAAUUGAAGAACCUCGGAUCUGGAUCAGCGCCAACAGUUUGUCCGCCAGUGUAGCUUUGAACGAAGGCGGAUGAAUGAAAUGACUAAGGUUAGACGGAGCUGCUCCAGGUUUUUGCAAUUCAAUUGUGAUGCUCAAAUUAUAAUUUGGGGUUCCACUAAUUAUUAGUUUCAAACAUGCAAUCCGAUAAUUUUUUUUUGGAAUUUUGUAUUUGAUGUGAGUAUAGUGGUAAAGAGAAGAACAAUUUUUAUUGAAAAGUUCACAUACGCAAUCCACCAUAUAUUUUCUGUUGAAUUUGGUUUGAAAUCAUAUACUUCAUAUACUACGUAUGUUCUUAGAAUAGUUGACAUUAUGUAGCAGUAAAUACUCAUCUCCACUCUGUAGAAUUGCCCAAGCGGACUCAGAGUGAAAAAAAGUCCUAAUUACUCUGUAUUGUUUUUGGUGAAAAAACACUUUCCGUUUCUAUUUCCACCUGGAGACCCAUCUAGAUAGGUCAACCUUCCCGUUGCGUUUUUAUAAAUCAAAUUAUAAACUUCAGCGAUCUAAUUUCCUUGCUUAAUUGAUAUGUCUUCCAAAAUCAUUUACCCUUUGUUGAAGAUCACUCUGACGAGUGAAUGUUGAAGAGUUUUGUUUCGGGUGAUUCAACUGAAUACCUUGCCGACGUACAAUGAUGACAAGGGGAUGGAUUCAAUUGAGACGGUACUCAUGGACCAACACGUAAGUAGAUCAUUACAUGCGUGUUUCUUUUAUUUAUUGAACCAAUGAUUAUAUAACCCGUGUUUCAAAGUUCUUCUAAAUCAAUAUUUCUGAGUAUUUAUUGGCGAGUGUUCUUUGUGUUUGAUGAAUCAAUGGUGUGCGUGCUUCAAGUUUCUUUUAGCCAAACAGUGAAUUUCUAAUCUUGAACCAAUCAAGAAUUUUGCACAAUUGUGUCAAUGAGUUGGUUUAGUAAAUUAACACGGUUGGUUCAAUCAGUUGUCUUUCCAUUGUUAUUGUUUAAUAAAGUGUUUCCAAUGUUCUGUUUGUUCCAAUUUUCUUUUAACAGAUCAGUGUCUUUCCAUUCAUGAAGCAAUUCACUAUUCUGCACAGUAAUUUGAGUCAGUUGGUUCAAUAAACACAGAUGGUUUAGUCAGAACACAGGACUAAUAACUGAACAAAUGAGGUCCAGCAGCAAUAAGAAUAUUCAAGGAAUAAUGAUGCUUAAAAGAAAGUAAGUCCUAAAAAAUCAAUCUACUUGCAGUAAGAAAACAUAUAAAACAAAAACAAAUUAUAUCAAGCAUGCUAAAACAGUCAUAGACAUUCAACCAUAAAAUUACAAUCCAACACAAUGAAUAUAUAAAUCACAACAAUCAUUUCUGCAAAAUGGUAUGGAACUAACCUAAGGAGGUGCAUGAAUUUUAAAUUAAGCUUUAUUAUGAAGAGAAGAAUUUGACUCAAAUCCAGAUUCAAAAUUUUUAAGUUUUCCAAACAUGGAAUUUGAGCUAAAUCCGGAUUUGAAAUCCAAAUCCAUGUUUCCAAACAUACCAUAACAGAAUUCUGAAUCAGAACUUCGUAGUGUUGCAACAUAUUCACCUAUAUGUUAGUAUAUUACUCCGUACAUAGUUUUGCAUAGAUGCCUUAAUACAUUGGUUCAAUAAACUCAGUUGGUUCAA